CAGUUUCCACAGAGGGGCUGUGGCAGAAGGAGGGCUCAGGACAGACUCUACCACUCAGAUCACCAUGUACAGCUUCAUGGGUGGUGGCCUCUUCUGCGCCUGGGUAGGGACCAUCCUGUUGGUGGUAGCCACAGCGACGGACCACUGGAUGCAGUAUCGGCUGUCGGGGUCCUUCGCACACCAGGGCCUGUGGCGUUACUGCCUGGGCAACAAGUGCUUCCUGCAAACGGAGAGCAUCGCAUACUGGAAUGCCACCCGGGCUUUCAUGAUCCUGUCUGCCCUGUGCGCCACCUCGGGCAUCGUCAUGGGGGUCCUCGCCUUUGCACAGCAGUCCACCUUCACCCGCCUCUCCAGACCCUUCUCGGCCGGCAUCAUGUUUUUUGCCUCGACCCUAUUUGUCCUGUUGGCCUUGGCCAUUUACACCGGAGUCACCGUCAGUUUUCUCGGCCGCCGCUUUGGGGACUGGCGCUUUUCAUGGUCUUACAUCCUGGGCUGGGUGGCCCUGCUCAUGACCUUCUUUGCAGGAAUUUUCUACAUGUGCGCCUACCGGAUGCAUGAGUGCCGGCGCCUAUCCAACCCGCGCUGAGCCCUGGGGUAAAAUUUGCAGCUGGAAGUUACAAUGAGGGCAGCGAAGAGAAGGGGGAGAACCUAGAGGCUGGAAGUCCUGACUCCUGAGGGAAUGAUGGGGCUCAGUCCUCGAUUCUAGAUAGGAAAGCCCCGGAUCCCUCUGUCCUGUGUGGGGAAGAAAAGUCGGGUCAGAUGGGAGGAAGCUGAGAAGACAUGAGCCCCCACCUGCCCCGAGGGGUGGUAGAAAAAUGGAGACUCCUUUAGGGGGCCAUUUUGGGAUCUAAUAAAACUGAUGUGAAACUAUC